AUGCUGGUUUCGGAAACUCGUUGCAAGUCGUACGCCUUGUACACGGUCGAGAAAGUGCCUUCACCAAUCUUGUCGAUCAACUUGUAUCUGGAAGACAGUCCCGGGAACGAUUUGACCAGCGAGUACAGUUCCUGCCUCACCUCCAUCGACAUGGAUUCGUCAGAGUCUGAUUCUUCUUCUUCCUCCUCCUCCACCAUAGAGGACUCCGUUUGUUGUUCUUCCGUCUUGACCGACUCCGGAGCCUUCAAAACGGCCUCAGACAGCUUUUCAGGCUUCUCAGACGAUAUCAGUAUCGAGUCGGCCUCAGUGCUAAUCUGCGAUUUCGUGUCUGACUUUGUUUCCUCUUUCGGGUCCUCACUGGUGGCCUGGGAGUUGGAUAAGACAGAAGGACUCUUCCGGCCGAACGAGUUAGUUGGGAGACCCUGGUACAAUCUUUUGAUGUUUGCGUCCAGAUCUGCCUCCUCCCGCAAACGGAUCAAGAAAAGUUCAUGGUUAUCCACGUUUUUCAGCAAAGCGUCCACCGCCUCCUCGUCGGAAGAAACAUACACGCGCUGCUCGUUGAAAAACUCGUUGCCUCCAAAAUUGAUGCUCAUGCCUGACUUUGGCACUUUCUUGUCGUCAACCUUGUACUUUUUGUAUGUCCGGGACAGCAUUCUAAAAAUGGACUCUUCAGAGAUUAGCUUUCCAUGUCCUUUACCCUUUUCGAGCUUGAGCUUCACCAGAUUCAUACAGGCUCUGCAGUCUUCUGUGGGGUCGUGGCCAUCGUCGGAGUUUUGGAUGGAUCUUUGGAGGAACUCCUCCGCCAGUACCUUUAGAGACGGCUUAAGCGGCGGGCCUUUGGCAUGA